AUGGAGGGCCAGAGCGACAGCAUCGUGCUGGAGGAGGAGAUCGACCCGAACUAUGAGCCGACCGAGAAGGAAGUGCUGGAGUACGCCACGUGGCUUGGGAUGGACUUGGAAGCCGAGCGCGAUCUGUUCUGGAUUGCUCGGGAGGGCCUGAAGGCAAGUGGCCUAUUAGCUCAGAACUGGAAGCCGUGCAAGACAACAGACACGGAAGAAAUCUACUACUUCAACUUUGCCACGGGCCAGAGCACUUGGGACCACCCGUGCGAUGAGGUUCGACGGCCACCAUCGACGUUGCUUAGAGAGAUUGAAUGCUAA